AUGCUAUUGCUAGUUGGCCCAACCGCAAAAUAUGGACUAGCUGGUGCUACUUUUGAGAUUUCGUCAUGUGCUUAUAUGUCUUCUACAGGCGACGAGUUCUUUGUGGUCGCCUACUCAGAAAAUGUCGCCAUGUCGUUGGCCGGCGUUUGCUUUGCCAGUCUGGGAUCCGGCAUAGGAGAAAUCAGUUAUCUCGCUCUUGCGUCGCAUUAUCCAGCGAUUGCGAUAGCUGCUUGGUCGUCUGGCACUGGUGGUGCGGGUCUGAUCGGUUCAUUUUCGUAUGCUCUGCUCACCGAGCCGUCAAUGGGAAACUUACAGCCUAAAGUCGCGCUUUCUCAUUCAACUUUUCGUACCAAUCUAACUCCUGAAGAUGUGCACACGCCUGGACUGAAUCCAAAGACGUGGAUUGUACCUAAGGAGGUUCACAAGCAGGCUGAUGUGUAUGGUGCUGAUAAGACGGAAGUAAACAGUGCAACAAGCGACAGUAACUCUUCAAGUCUCAGAGUGCCACAGAGGCAACUCUCCUUCAUGCAAAAGAUUCAACACAUUGGGCCUCUUGUUCAUUUGAUGGUACCGCUGGCGCUGGUAUACGUCGGAGAGUAUUUGAUAAAUCAAGGAGUGACUCAAUUAAUUAUCUUCAACUGUUCCGAAGGGUUCCACCUCAACUAUAAUGCUCAGUAUCGAUGGUAUCAGGUACUCUACCAAUUGGGAGUGUUUCUCUCAAGGUCGUCAGUGAAGCUCUUCGAACUGCCAACUUGGUCACUUUUCCUUCUACCUGUACUGCAGGCUACGAAUUUUACCUUCUUCUUCUUCGAAGCCAUUUACUGGUUCACACCGAGUAUCGCCAUCAUCUUCUGCCUUAUCAUUUUCGAAGGACUGCUGGGAGGAGCUGCUUACGUGAACACUUUCAACAAAAUACAUAAAAUGGUCUCACCAGACGUUCGGGAGUACUCGCUAUCAGUGGCUUCCGUGGGCGAUUCAAUAGGCGUGAACUUCGCAGGAUUCGUUGCCAUUCCACUUCAUAAUUAUGUAUGUAGUAGGCCAAUGCAUCGGCACUAA